AUGAGCUCACCAAGCUACACCCCACCUGCUAAAGAAGAGGAGGUCUGCUGGACGAAGAAAGAAGCCCCCGUGAAAGAGGAGGACGAAGAGGAGGCUGUUUCAGUUAAACAAGAAGUAGAGGGUGAAGCUGUUGGAGUGAAAGAAGAGGAGGAAGAGGAGGUGGAUGUUACUGUGGAGGAAGAGAAACAAGACAGUGCCGCUUUGGGAGAACAGUCCUUCAGGGAACCAGACCCAGAGACGCCCAAACCAGCGAGACCACAUCACUGCUCCCGCUGUGGAAAGAGUUUUACUAAGUUACGGAAUCUAAAAGAGCAUGAGAGGACACACACAGGAGAAAAGCCUUACCAAUGUUCCCAGUGUGGAAAGAGUUUUACCGUGUUAACUAACCUGAAAAGGCAUGAGAGAAUACACACAGGAGAAAAGCCUUACCAAUGUUCCCAAUGUGAAAAGAGUUUUACUGUGUUAGUUAACCUGAAAAGACAUGAGAGAAUACACACAGGAGAAAAGCCUUAUCAAUGUUCUCUGUGUGGCAAGAGUUUUACCCAGUUAAGGUCCCUGAAAAGGCAUGAGAGAGUACACUCUGGAGAGAAGCCUUAUCAAUGUUCCCAUUGUGGAAGAAGUUUUAGGUCGUCUGCAAACAUGAAGGAGCAUGAGAGGACACACACAGGAGAAAAGCCUUUCCAAUGCUCACAUUGUGGAAAGAGUUUUACCCAUCUAGUGAGCCUGAAAAGACAUGAGAGAAUGCACACAGGAGAAAUGCCCUACCAAUGCUCACAUUGUGGAAAGAGUUUUUCCCAAUCAGCAAAACUGAAAAGACAUAAGAGAAUGCACACUGGAGAGAAGCCUUUCAAAUGCUCCCAUUGUGGAAAGAGUUUUACCCAAUCAGGGGCCUGAAAAAGCAUGAGAUAGAGAAGAAGCUAUGUUCUUUAUGUUCUUGACUGAGAAUG